AUGGAUGGAGGAAACUGCACCCAGGUGACUGAAUUCCUCUUCACAGGAUUCAGAGAACAUCCAGGGUUUCAAGUCACCCUCUUUGUGCUGUUCCUCCUAAUCUAUGUGAUCACCCUAAUGGGAAACCUUGGUAUGGUCUUUUUGAUCAGAACUGACGCUCGGCUUAAAAUCCCCAUGUAUUAUUUCCUUGGUAAUUUGGCUGUUGUAGAUUUCUGUUUUUCUACAGUUGUUACCCCCAACAUGCUGGCUGAUCUGUUAGCAGAUAAGAAAGCCAUUUCUUACUCUGGAUGUGUGGCUCAGGUUUUCCUUUUAUGUUUCUUUGGGGUAGCAGAGUGUUUCCUCCUAGCAACAAUGGCAUAUGACCGUUAUGUGGCUAUCUGUGCCCCACUAAUGUAUACUGUCACCAUGUCCCCAAGGCUCUGUGCUCAGCUGGUAAUUGGGUCACUCAUAGCUGGGUGGUUAAAUGGAAUGGCACAAGCAACAGGCAUAUUACAAUUAACCUUCUGUGGCCCCAAUGUCAUUAACCUCUUCUUCUGUGACGUCUCCCCACUGUUAUCACUCUCCACUUCUGAUGCCACGAUAAGUCAUAUUGUCCUACUAACUGUGGCUAUUGGGUUUGGUAUGUGCAGCAGCUUCAUUGUCCUCACCUCCUACAUUUUUAUCCUCUCUGCCAUCCUGAGAAUGCACUCCACUGAGGGCAAACGCAAAGCCUUCAACACCUGCACCUCCCACCUGACAGUGGUUAGCAUUUUCUAUGGCACUUGUCUCUUUAUUCAUGUGAAACCCAGAACAAAUGACAGGCACCCAGAGGACAAAUGGGCCUCAGUGUUCUACACAGUGGUGACUCCCAUGCUGAACCCCCUGAUCUACAGCCUGAGGAACAAGGAAGUGAAGGAUGCCUUGAAAAGAGUGAUAUCAAGGACAAAAAUUUCUAGUAUUACAAACUAA